AGGGCAGCGCGCUCGGCGCGGCGCAGCCCCGGCCCCGGCAGCGGCAGAGCGGGAGGCGCCGCGCCAGGCACCGCCGCUGCAGCCGGAGCCGCCGACACCCGCCGACGCAGGUAUAUGAAAAAUACGGCGUCACCAUGAGUGGAGUAUUGAAAAGGAAGUAUGAAGAGCUGGGGGAUGACAGUACCUACUGCUCCUCCUCCUCCUGCUCCCCCCUCUCCUCCUCAGCAUCCUCGGGCUGGGAGUCAGAUGAGGAGAGCUCCCAUGGAGAGCCCAAGCCCAGCUCUGCCUUAACGCCCAGCUUCACCCCCACGUCUAUCCUGAAGAAAUCCAAGCGACUAAAGAAGAACAAUGUGGAGUUUGACCGGGUCACUGUGUUUUACUUCCCACGCUGCCAGGGGUUCACGAGCGUGCCCAGUCGCGGGGGCUGCACCCUGGGGAUGGUGAGCAAGCACAGCUCCUCCCGGCAGUUCACGCUGGCUGAGUUUUCAAAGGAGCAGGAAAACGUUCGUCGGGGGAAACUUGAAGAGAAAUUAAAAGAGGAGAAGUUGGAAGCUUUGAAAUGGAAACUAACCAUGAACGGCACGAAGGAGUCGGAGGAGGCCAACCAGCUCACCAUCGAAGACAUCUCCGACGAUGACAUUGAUGUCAGCAACGUGGACCUGGAGGAUGGGUUCUUCCUCCAGCCCUACCCUGCCAAGAAGAGGCGCGCGCUGCUGAAAGCCGUGGGGGUGAAGAAGAUAGACAAGGAGGAGAAGCGGGAGCUGCACAACAUCCGCUUGUCCCGGGAGGACUGUGGCUGCGACUGCCGGGAGGUCUGCGACCCCGAGACCUGCAGCUGCAGCUUGGCAGGCAUUAAAUGUCAGAUGGAUCACACCUCCUUCCCCUGCGGCUGCACCAAGGAUGGCUGCGGCAACACCGAGGGCAGGAUCGAGUUCAACCAGGCCCGUGUGCAGACCCACUUCAUCCACACCAUCAUGAAGCUGGAGCUGGAGAAACAGCAGCAGAGCAGCGAGAAGGUGGCUGAGGCUGAGCUCUCUUUUCGGGAGCGGCUCCCGCCCUUGGGAUGCACGGCAGGGAAGGGCUCCUUGGAGGAACGUGCUGUGCCGCUGGCACCCGCCUUCCAGUUCAGCCCCGACCUGGAGGCCCUGGGGGAGAACAGCUGCAGCAGUGACAUGACAGACUCCUCCAUCUCCUCCCACCCCAGUGAGGACCUGGAGGAGCCCUACGAGAGCCUCCCCUCUGACAAAUCCCAGUCGGACGUGGACGAUGACGGCUUGGCACGCAUCCUCCACUUCAACGACUCAGACGCUGAGGAGGAGGGCGGCCGGGGCCAGGAUGACCUGAGUUGCUUCCACCCCACUGACUUCUUCAUUGAGGACCACGGUAGUGAGGCCAAGCCUGUCCACGGCCACUUGUCCCACCUCUCUGAGUGCCUGGAUGAGAAUGCCAACCAGGACGGCGGGGGUUUGCUGGAGGAUGCCACCCACGCGCGGUGCGAUGGGUUGUCCUGCUGCGCCUCGUCCCCAGCCGAGCCCUGCUCCAAGAGCUAUGCUGACCUCAGCCUUUCCUCUGACUCCUUGGAUUUCUUCCAGUCCUUCUCGGACUAUAACUUGGGACCUCUUUACAACUCCUUAAAGGAGUACGAGAACCUUGAUAACUUCUCAGCGUUACAGUUUCAGUUGCCUAAUUUUCCUGGCUUCCCGCAAGCUGGAGAUCAGGGCUCCUGUUUCUUGGAGUCCCUCAUUGGUUUGUCUGAAUCCGUCCCAGAAACCCCAGCCCCUUUCACAGACAAUCAACUUUUGGAGGAUGCCAUCAAAUCAUCCCUGAUGGAGACAGUGAAAGUGUGAAACACCCACGUGACUGGGGCACCAAGAACUGGUGCCAAAAGGAAAACUGAAGAAUGGAUGGGAAAACUUUCACCAAAAAGGAUGAUGCGCUACUCAAAAAUGAGGAAAAAUCAGCAACAACAGCAAAGACUUUCUAAGCAAACAAACUAUUUUUGGUCUUUAUAGAACGUGGACGUUUUGACAUACUGCAGCUACAAUCAGUUCUCUCACUGUUUGUGCAAAAAUUUCUAAACUUUCAUGGUGGGGUGGGGAGGGAGGGAGCAAGACUUUCAUGUAGGAAUUUCCAUGUGUUUUGUAUGAAAAGACCUGUUGAGAAAUACUCCUUGCUAACGUUGCCAGUCGUACACGCAGCCCCUUCUAGAAAUGUUUCAGUGUUGCAGGAACUUUUUAAGACAACUUCUUUUGAAGCUGUAUUUAUUGUGAACAUUUGUGGUUUGCGUAAGAGUUGGCCCAACAUGCUCUUACGUUUAAGCCAGACGAGGUUUACAGAAGAGAUCCAUACACUAUAUACAUAAUCAUUCUUCAUCUAUUUAUUGCAAAUUCCAGAAUUUAACUAGCCACCGAAGCUUGAACUAGCAUGAAACCUUAUUUAAAUUGGUAAUACCUCAGAUGUAUUAUGUGUACAAUCAUUAUUUUUUUUUUUGCAUAAUAUAUCUGUAUUUAUUUAUUUUCUACCUGUAGUACAUGAAUAGCACUGUGGUUUAUCAGUGACCUGGAAGGGCAAGAAGGCCUUCAGCAGCACCCAUCCUAAGGACAACCCUGGUUGUUUUUCUGAGGCUGAAAUGUGUUGGCUGUUAGGUCGUCACUUCACAUUUCUAAAUGAGAUUGCAUGCAAGUGGGUGGGAGGGGAGGGAUGGGAGAAACAUUUGUGCAACGUUCUUUGGUCGCUAUCAGCCUUCCAGUAGACACGAUGGUAGUGUCUCAUCUCCAUAAUCCCACUAUGGAGAGCAAAACCAAGGAAAACCCUCAACUUUUCAAGAAAUAAUCUGAACUAGCUCUAUUUAAACAAAACAAAACAAAAAAACGCCCUCCACCCCAACACCCUUUCCAUAAAUUAUUUUGUAAUUUAUUUAAUUACCUAAGGAUUUGGCCAUAAGAUCUUUCAUGAUCAGUUAUGGUGCCUGACUAUGCAGAGGUGAGGGGGCGGGGGUGCAAUGAGAAGGACCUUUGCAGGCCUGGGGGGGGCUUUGGGAGAGCAAAGCCAACAGCAGCAACACUGUGCCCGUGCUCCUCAGCAACUGCUCCUUAGGACUCCCCAAGGUUGAGAGCAUUGCAGCUCCAAAACUAGCGGGCCAGACUGUUUAUGCUGUUUCUUUUUUUCUUUUUUUUUUUAAUAUAGGUAAAUUGGGUAAAUGCAGUAAAGAUAGAUGGGCAUGAAGGUUAUUGGGUUACUUACCCUUCAAGCACAGUUUUAGAGGGAAGGAAAAAAUGACGCCUGAAAACAAAGCUGAAAAACUUGAAGGCUUUUGUAUUUUUAAAAUGAGAAUCAUUGUGUUUGGGAAGGCUCUUGGGGCCCCUCUUGGCCUUUUGCUAUUUAAAUCCAUUUGAGAGCAUGACACUAUUUGGCCACAAGAUGUAACUGGACAUAAAAUCUUUAUGUCGGUGAUACACUAAGUGCCUAUGCCAGUGGUAUUGGGGAAAAAAAAAAAAAAAAAAAAGGCUUUUAAACCAACCAGCUUUCAAUCCCCCUUGGGAAAUGUGAAGUUUGGUGGUGGAGCGAUGCCUGGCGUUGCUGGCACCAGGGGGAGGCGGCACCUCUGGCAUCCCAGCCCUGCUGCCCGGGGAGCUGGGUGCUGGUGGGAGCUCCUGAGGGAGGCAAAGACACCCAGAUUGGGGAGGUAGGGAAACCUAAAGAUAUAGAUGUAAGGAUUUUUCCCUUGGCUGAGCUGUUUAUAUCCCCACGACAGGGGUGGUGCUCUUGGGUACCUGCGGUUCCCCGGCACCUCGCGCAAACCUGCCAGCAUUUAGGGAACUUCCAGUGUAGAAAUACGGCGAAGGCUGGGUUGUUUGAGGGUUUUUUUUUAAUCAUUAUUAUUACUAUUUAAUUGUACAUCUUCUCUGGUAUUGAGCCAGUCAACUUGGAAGUGGAGCUGACCCACCCUGGCCAUGAGCAGGUGCUUGCUCUGUGCUCCUCCCACCCAUGAGGCAUCACCCCGGGGACCUCCCCACCGGGCAGGAGGGCAACUGUAGGAAUACUACUGGCAGAUGGAGGAUUUCCUGGAUAUAUAUAUAUAUAUAAUUAAUUAAUUAUUAUAAUUAUUAUUAUUUUUCAUUGUUGUCGUCGUUUCUUUAGACUGAACAAUCCCCUUCAGUUAUCUCCUAGGUGGUAGCUUCUAUCCUUCAGACUGCAUCAAAGAUAUUGACAGUUGAAAAGUCUGGUACCGUUCUGUAUUUAUUGGCACUAAUAUAUUUUAUAACAUUCCUAGUUUUCUGUGUGUAUAUAUAUAUAUAAAAUAUAUGUAUGUAUUUUAUAUGAAUAUAUAUACACACACUUUUAAAAAAAGAAAUGACGGGGAUGGACUCCUGCCUUUGUAGAUUUUUUUUUUCUAUAAUUUAUUCUUUUUUAUUUGUGUUUGUGCCAAAAAAGAAAAAAAAAAAAAGGAAGAUUUUUUUUCCCUUUUUUUCCCCCUUCCCCCAGGGCACUGAAUUGUAAAUAUAUAAGUUUGUUUGUUUUGGUUUUUUUUUUUCUUCUUGGUAUCUGUGUAAAAAGUUGCCUGUUAAACAGUUUAAAAACUGGGUAUUUAUUGACACAAUCUGUAAUUAUCUAAUGUAUUGAUUGAAACGCUUUGGUUUCAACAUAGCUUUAUUUUAGCUUUCUUUGUGUAUAUAUUGUGAUUAUGUUGCUUAAAGGUACAAGUUAAAAAAAAAAAUGCUUUAUUUUUACCUUAUCCAUUUGCAUUUGUUUAUAAAAAAGCAUAUUUGUCUCCAGCUGCUGUCUCUCAUUUCAUCAAAGCAAUAUGAAGAAAUUUCCAUUACACUUCCAAUAAACGAAUUUUGUUUGAAUACA